CAGCGGCCGUCUCCCUCCGAAUCUGCCUGUCUCUUUCUCCACGGCUCCUCCACCAGCGACGACUGGUCGGUCGUUGCAAGGAAAGAAUGGAGGAUGAGGAGCCGAAUCUGAGCGCCGAGGAGGGAGCGGCGGACCACCUGGCGGCCGGCGACCUCGGCGGGUUCGACCCGACGGAGGACGAGCUGGUCCUCCACUUCCUGCGGCCGCAGCUGCGCGGGUUCCCGCCACGCGUGGCGGGCGCCGUGCUGGAGGCGGACCCCUGCGGCGCGGCGCCGUGGGAGCUGCUGGCGCGCUACGGGCUGCGGGAGCAGGGCCACUUCUUCGCGGCGCGCGGGCGCCGGCGGGCCUCCGUGCGCCGCGCCGUGGCGGGCGCCGGCGCCUGGAUGCACAGCUCCACCCGCGCCGGCCGGUCCGUGACGGACCUCGGCGUCGUGGUGCACUGGAGCCGGGUCAAGUUCUGCUUCUACGCGCGGGAGCGGGGCACCGGGCAGGGCCAGCAGCGGAGCACCGGGUGGGUGAUGGACGAGUACGAGAUCACGGACCCGCGGUGCUACCGCCGCUGCGACGAGGAAGGGGAGGAGGACCACUACUGGGUGCUCUGCCGCGUCAGGAAGAGCAACAAGAAAAGGCGGUGGCGCAGGGUCGACGACCUGCAAUCGGAUUCCGGCCAAGAUCUCACGGCCGCUGCGCGUUUGAGAGCAUGACUGCAUGAGGUGAGGCGACGAUUAAAGACGCCAUUUACCUUGUUAUUAUUAUCCUCAACCUCCCGCCUGCCUGCCACAGCCUUUGUGGUGCCUGCUCUAAUCUAACUGCAAAAUUAAAAGGCACGCACAUGUGCUCAGUUGUGCUAUGUAAAACUCUAAUAAUCUAGAGGUUAGAUGCAGCAACUAGUAUUCGUUCGCGAAAAAAUGCAGCAACAAGUAUUGCUGCAACUCCCAUUGUAGUUUUUUUUUUUAAAAAGUAUUGCUGUUACCCAUGAUACUGA